AUGUACUAUCACAGUUUCGAAUGUGUGGCGAUUGGGGCGGGCCACAACGACGGCGUCAGUGCGUGUGCCUUCAAUAAGAAAGCUGCGGAUGCGAGCAAACGCGGCUUUGUCGUCUCUGCUGGACAAGACCUGACCGUAAAACUAUGGAACGUGACUGGAAUCAACACACAGGCAGACGCCGACACAGACCCAUCGGCGCACGAGCAGAGUAUGGAGCUGAUACCAGCCAUGACCGUCAAGGGACAUGACAAGGAUAUCAAUACAGUGGCUGUGGCGCCGAACGAUCGCAUGUUUGUCACCGGAUCACAUGACCGGACGGCUAAGCUGUGGUCUACGCAGGACCUGAGUCUCCUGGGGACGCUACGCGGUCACAAGCGCGGUAUAUGGCACGCCGAGUUCUCACCGGUGGACCGCGUGGUGGCCACAGCCAGCGGCGACAAAACGAUCAAGUUGUGGUCGAUCACUGAUUUCACCUGUGUCAAAACACUGGAGGGCCAUACGGGGGGCGUGCUGAAGCUCGCAUUUAUGAGCCGAGGCAUGCAGAUGGCCUCGAGUGCGGCGGACGGGUUGUGUAAGAUCUGGACGCUCAAGACCAGCGAGUGUGAAGACACCAUGGACGGCCACACGGAUAAAGUGUGGGCCCUGACCCUGAACAAGAGCGAGAGCCGUAUCGUCUCGGGGGGUGGCGACAGUGUGCUGAAUGUGUGGCGGGACACGACGGUGCAGCAGCAGGAGGAGGUGGAGCGCGUGAGCGAGGAGAAGAUGCUCCUGACCCAGGAGCUGAUGAACCUGGUGCAGAACAAACAGUACCUCAAGGCCGCCAAGCUGGCCCUGCGGCUAGACCAGCCACACCGUAUGCGGGAGCUCAUGGAAGAGAUAGUAGAGAGUGACCAUGUGACGGGUGGCGAGAGGGGCGUGGGUAAGGUGGUGUUGGCGCUGGACGAUUCGCAGGUGUCGCGGUUGCUGGGCUAUGUGCGCGAGUGGAAUACUAAUGCGCGGCAUUCGCGCAUUGCGCAGAUGGUGCUGAUGUGUGUGUUGAAAGUCAUACCGCCCGCGCGCAUGGUGACGCUGGAUAAGAUCAAGAACUUGAUAGAGGCCUUACUACCGUACUCGGAACGACACUUCUCGCGUCUUGAUCGACUGGAGCAGCAAUCCUUCUUCGUCGACUACACAUGGCAAGGUCUACGCUACGGUAUGGUCGGCAACGUAAUGGAGGCGCAGCACAUGGGCAUGGCCGUCAAGACCAUCACCGACGACGACAAAGACUUUCUGGGUGGGGACAGACGGGCCACAGACGACACACAGAAGGACAAGGAUCCUACUGCGGAGGAUGCACCACUGAUAAGCAUGCAGCAGCAGUUAGAAGUCGCUACGCCACCGAGUGGGGCUGAGGACGGCGACUCUAAGUCGGAGAGCGAGAGUGGGAGUGAAGGGGCGGAAGAGGUAGCGGUAGCGGUAGCGGGGGAGACCAAUGUAGCUGAUGCGGAUGAGUGGGCGGUGGAGGAGCUGGUCAUCCCGCAAUCAACCGCCGAGACUAAAGCGGGACCGUCAAAGGCGAAGAGGCAGAGCGUCCAACCGACAAAGGGUGUGAAACGGCAGAAGAUAGAACUAGAAGAAACCGAUGAGAGCGGUGAUAGCAGCGAUAGUGAGAGUGGCAGCGACAAUGAGUUUGUGGAGAAGAUGUUUAAAGAGAGUAAUGGCGCGACACAAAAGGACAGUGCCACGCCCAGUAGUAUGAAGGCUGGUAAGACCAGUGGUGCAAAGAGUGCGAACCGGGACAAAUCUGACCCCAGCAAUGCGGAGAAGGGGUCGGGUAAAAGUAGUACCAAGAAACACAAUACACCGAAAAAUGGGACCAAACCCAAACCCAAUUCUAAACCCAAACCUUCCAGCGAACCCACGAGACGCAGCAAACGACGAAAAGCUUAACGUUUGCUCGAACACUUAGUUACAAGUAAACAAUUUAGAUACAGUCGUGCAAUUGUGCUGUUGCAGGUACAUGCCGUGAUAGUACAGUUGUUCUCGAAAAUAAAAACAUCACUUCUCGACCCGUA